GCACUGUAGCCGGGAGUGCGCUCAGCUAACAGCUAACAGCUAACAGCUUUCUGUCGGAGAGAAAGAAGACUGGACAGUUCACCACACACAGGAAAACAGAGUAACCUGCACCGGUGCAAAAAAGAAACUGAUCUAAUCUGAUCACAUACGACAAAGGAACCCAGAUCCCAGGCAAACAUGUUCGGUGUGCUGUAAUCAUAAAAAACACAACAAUAGCAUCCAAGGCGGCAGUGCUUUCUUUCUACACUCAAAGUGAAAAUGGAAACAGAGGCAGAGGUAAUUCCUAUUUGGCAAAAUAAACCCCAUGGAUCAACUCGUAGUGUGGUAAGACGAAUCGGCUCAACGCUGCCUCUUAAAUCCUGCCCCAGGGCAUGUUUUCAGGAGCUCCCAGGUCUCCCCCCAAUGCGCUCCAUGGAUGGGCCACUGGUGCCCACAUUGGCAGACAUCUCCUGGAUUGCAGAUGAUGAUGAGGAGACGUACGCCAGAGUCAGGAGUGACACACGCCCCCUGAGGCACGAGUGGCGGCCAACACCCCUGCUGGUUAUACAUAGGAACUCAUCUGUGCCCAAUUUCAGACGAGAGGGCAGGCGGGUCGAGGGGCUAAGGAAACCAGGCGUUACUGCUAUGAACCGGACCACAGCUUUACAGGAUGAGCUGAGUCGACUCCGAGCCCAGAUUGCCAAGAUUGUCGCUGCAGAUUCAGAUUCGAAUCCCAUCACGCCUGACCUGCUGUCCCCUGACGACACUAGUGUGGGCUUCUCCAUGGCUCCCUUUGAGACUGCGGCUUACCAGCCUGCCCCCACAGCCUCUUUUGCCAUCAGUGAUGUCACAGAGGAGGAGGAGGAGGAAGAAGAAAAUGAAGAGGAAGAUGUGUUGGAACUGGUGCCUGAUCCCAUGCCACCAGAUUCCAUGACAGCAUCUGCAACUUUUGAUCUUGAUCGCCCUACCAUGGACUUCCGGGAGCAAGAGGAAGACACAGUGUCUCUGUCAAAGUCAACAAGCUUUGCUGAUGUCAUGGACAUCCUGAAAGACAUGAAUCGCAUGAAGAUGAGCAAGGACAGAUAUAACCGUGGGUGCACCUCACUGAGAGAGGAAGACUCUGCCUCUCUUAUAUCUGAAGCAUUGAGGAAAAAAUUCAUUCUGAAAGAUGCAUGAGGAAAUAAUCUCUCAUCCAAACCCUCUCAGCAGCCUCGCCAUGUAAGGGCACACAGAAUUGCUUGGACCAUUUCUCUCUUUGUUUUCGAGUUGAAGAUACAAACUUUGUGAACAAAACAUCGCUGUGGAAUUUUUCCUACUUAUUUUUAUGUUCUCAAGUAUUUUUUAUUUUUUUGGCUUGGUUGAUAGGCCUGUGCCUUUGGACAGUUGCCAUGGAAACCCCAUAAUGCCUCCAAAUAAACCAUGGAGAUCUGCUGUGCUUAGAACUCCCACAGUGCCGCUCAGUGACAUGGCUGGAAGGAAGAGAAGCAGCUCUUCUCAGCUUUUGUAAAGACACAUACACACUUUCCAGCUGGCAUUGAACGGCCAAUUGGGCCAUCUGCAUACAUUUGUAAUGUGUGAGUGUGUGUGCGUAUAUUAGGGUCCAUAAGGCCGUUCACGCUGAAUGUUUUUUUGUGUCUGUGUUGCUUGAUUUUUAAGUCUUUUUAAAAAAAAUUUUUUAUUUUUUUGUGUAAACGUGCUACAUGGACAUCUUUGACUCUUGUGCCACGUCUCCGCGUCUCAGGCAGGAGUGUCGCGUUUUUAAGACACAGCCUCAAGUUAAAGUGAUAUUCUGGGUUGAAUACAAGUUAAGCUCAAUCAACAGCAUUUGUGGCAUAAUGUUAAUUACCACAAAAAAUAAUUUUCUUUAAAAAAAGCAAAAAUCAAGGUUACAGUGAGACACUUAAAAUGGAAGUGAAUGUGACCAAUUUUUGGAGGAUUUAAAGGCAGAAAUGUGACAUAAUUGUAUGUAUUAUUUAAGCUGUAAAGUUGUUUAGAUCGUCAUUUUAGGGUUUGUUGACAUUAAAUGGUCAUGACUUGGCAAAGUUUUAACUUCCUGGCUGCCGUCUUGAUGUUGCUUCAAUAUAUCCACAUAAUUUUCCUUCCUCAUGAUACCAUCUAUUUUGUGAAGUGCACCAGUCCCUCCUGCAGCAAAACACCCCCACAAUAUGAUGCUGCCACCACCAUGCUUCACGGCUGGGAUGGAGUUCUUCGGCUUGCAAGCCUCACCCUUUUUCCUCCAAACAUAAAAAUGGUCAUUAUGGCCAAACAGUAACAUUUUUGUUUCAUCAGACCAUAGGACAUUUCUCCAGAAAGUAAGAUCUAUGUCCCCAUGUGCACUUGCAAACUGUAGUCUGGCUUUUUUAUGGCGGUUUUGGAGCAGUGGCUUCUUCCUUGCUGAGCAGCCUUUCAGGUUAUGCCGAUAUAGGACUUGUUUUACUGUGGAUAUAGAUACUUGUCUACCUGUUUCCUCCAGCAUCUUCACAAGGUUCUUUGCUGUUGUUCUGGGAUUGAUUUGCACUUUUCGCACCAAACUACGUUCAUCUCUAGGAGACAGAAUGCGUCUCCUUCCUGAAUGGUAUGAUGGCUGCAUGGUCCCAUGGUGUUUAUACUUGUGUACUAUUGUUUGUACAGAUGAACAUGGUACCUUCAGGUGUUUGGAAAUUGCUCCCAAGGAUGAACCAGGCUUGUGGAGGUCCACAAUGUUUUUCUGAGGUCUUGGCUGAUUUCUUUUGAUUUUCCCAUGAUGUCAAGCAAAGAGGCACUGAGUUUGAAGGUAGGCCUGAAAAUACAUCCACAGGUACACCUCCAAUUCAGUACACCUCCUAUCAGAAGCUAAUUGGCUAAUUGUCUAAAGGCUUGACAUAAUUUUCUGGAAUUUUCCAAGCUGCUUAAAGGCACAGUUAACUUAGUGUAUGUUAACUUCUGACCUACUGGAAUUGUGAUAUAGUCCAUUAAAAGUUCAACAGUCUGUCUGUAAAUAAUUGUUGGAAAAAUUACUCGUGUCAUGCACAAAGUAGAUGUCCUAAACGACUUGCCAAAACUAUAGUUUGCUAAUAUUAAAUCAGUGGAGUGGUUAAAUUAGUUUUAAUGACUUCAGCUUAAGUGUAUGUAAAUGUCUGACUUCAACUGUAUAUUGUUUAUGUCUUGUGGCUAUAUUUUUGAAACAGUAUUUUAAUGUUUACGGAUCAGUCCCAUUCACUUCCAUUGUAAGUGGCUCACUGUAACCCACAUUUAUAUUAUUAGAGACAAGUCUAAAUAAAUUUUUGUGGUAAUCAACAUUAUGCCACAAUGAUUGAGCUUAACUUGUAUUGAACCCGGAAUAUUCCUUUAAUAGGACUUUGACUUGUAAAAGCGUUCCUCGAGAUACCUGCAUUCUGUUCCAUUUGUAACGCAGCAUCUAGCAAGGACACGUUCAGUCUGAAUGGCCCCAUACAGAUCAGUGAUCUUCGUUUCUCCAUCAUAGGUUUUGUGAAAUUCAUACACUACUUCUGUUAGUUCGAAUAGGACUGGAACAUCUGCAAUGAUGGUUUAGGAAGAUUCCAUCCUUUUCACUGUUUGUCCUUUGAACAAGCGUGCCGUAGAAAAUUCACAACGAUGUUAUUCAAACCAUAAAACCACAGAAGAUUCCUGGUGGAGCCCAGGUUGUUGUUUUAUCGAUCUGUAAUUUGGAGCUGUAGAAGUGUCCCUCUUGCCUUACACUUUCCCUCAUAAAACCCUGUAAUACUUGAAGCUGUUUUUGAUGAGUGAGCUGAUGUUACAAAACUUAUAUGUGGUCACCUUUUCUCCAUUUAGAAACUAAAGCAAAAUACAUCCUUUUAUUUAAUGGAUUUGUGUGUGUGUGCAUGUGCACUGAAGACUUUAGAUUGCAUUCUCUUGUAAUUAGUGCAUUUUUCCUGCAGACUUUUGCAGUGUAUAUUGUGCCACAAAACUGAUGUGGUUCACAAAAUGGUGAACAAUAACAAGUGUGAAUUUAUAAUGCGUGUUCUUGAAUUUAUCUUGUGGCUGACAUACAGGAAAAAUAAAAAACAUUUUGGUCUUUGCUUUUGUCCAGCAGAUUGUAAAUUUCUCUGUAAAGUCUAAAUAGCAUGUGUGAGGUUGUGCGGGUGUGACUGUACAACUAGUUUUGAGGAUGUUUUUAUAAGAUGAUGAUUAUGAAGGAUUUUUUUCUUUUUGCAAAGUGUAACAGAAAGCUGUUUUAUUGCAUAUACUGCUUGUGUUUGGGAAUCAAACACAAAAUAAGCUUGUCAUUUGUUUCACAUUCUUAUUUGCACAUUUUCCCAAGCCUGCAGCUUUUUUCCAUGUGGCUGACAUGUGUGCAUUAUAAGAAAUGUUUGGCUUUUAUAUUUAUUUCAGUGUUAAACACUUUCGCUCAGUCUCCAGACUCUACAAUUCUCAGUGGUCCUUCGUUCAAUACUUCUUGUAGUUACCUUCACAAUCUAAUUUACAGUCACAUCUAGCAAAAAUACAUUUUCUUGAAUUUCAGCUGCUCCAUAGUUUACAGUACAAAGACAAAUUAGUUAUAUUCAUAGAAGAAUACAAGAAAUCUUGAUGAUCUUAAUGAAUUAAUCUUAUUCUUAAUGUAAUUAUCAAAGAUAAUGGGUGCUUAGAUCUGUAAUAUGAAGUGUAUGCACUGAACAUGAUAAUGUAUGUUCCUUUAACUGUCAGUAACGGGUAAAAUGUAUGUGCUGCUUUUUCAGUCUGACUGUUUGGUGUCAUCUAUACUUUUAACUAUGGUUAGCACUUCAUGAUUGUUUUGGAUAAGGUCAUCUUGCACUUAUGGUUUCUUUUGGAAGACACUUCUACUUUUACUGUGUUUUUGCUUUUUGUGAAAUAAGGGAAUUAUAAGUCUGCAUGUUGUUCAUGCAUAAGAUGGGAAAUAAAUAGUUGUAAAGCA